UUCAUCUUGUUCAUCUUUUCUCUCUCAAUUGCUUGUCUGCGAUUCUUCUUCUAUCUUAGCUAUAAUCUCACAUGGUAUCAUUCGCCGGUAUUACGAUCUCCGCUUCCGCACCUUUUCUCUGUUUUCACUUUUUCGAUUGAUUCUCCAUCUCCGAGAACUCAAUCGCCAUUUUUUUUUAGGGUUUCCACAUCUGAAACUCGAUCUGUUUUUUUUUCGAUCGACAUCUCUUCGAUCGUCUCAUAUUUGGUCGACAUCUCUUCGAUCUGUUCGUAUUUGGCUGAUUCUCUUCCAUUUGUUCAUAUUCUGUGACUUUCGGUACAAAAUCUCCAUGGCCGCUACAUUGAAUCCCACAGACGAUCCCUCAUCUCCAUAUUUCCUGCACGCGAGCGACAAUCCAGGGGCUAUCAUCGUUGUUGAGCCCUUCAAUGGUGAGAACUACGUUUUCUGGUCCAGAUCCGUCCUCAUGGCGCUCAGUGUCAAGAACAAAGGGGGUUUUGUCGACGGUACUAUCUUAUCCCCCUCUCCGACUGAUAAUCCUACACUCUAUGUUGCCUGGGUGAGAUCUAAUAAUCUUGUUCUAUCCUGGGUUCUUAAUUCUAUAUCGAAGGAAAUUCGACAAUCUCUGUUGUUUUUCACUUCUGCCAGAGAGGUCUGGGAUGAGAUUAAAAAUCGAUAUGCAAUGAGUUCUGGUCCUAGGGUAUUUCAAUUAGAAAAAUCUCUAAGCACCAUGGAUCAGGGUUCCUUGUCUAUCACUCA